AGUGGUUUCUGCUGCGCUGUAAAUAAUAAAAUGUAUUUUCUCUUUCCUGUUGGGCAAUAGAGUUCCUGUUCGGAGAUCCUAGAAGGUAAGAGCAGUUCAGGGUCAAGCAUGGUAGUGGAUGAAGAAAGCUUGACGGUCCCCAUUAAUAAAGAUGCUUAUGAAGCUCUUAAGAAAAGAGAGUCCUGUCUAAGUAAUCUCAUUUACAAGAAGUUUGCUUGUAUGCUGGCCUUCAAAAGCACAAAACGUCUUGUUGAAGUAUACAGGAGAAAACUAAAGCAUGGGAUUCACAUAUCUGUUUGCAAGGAUGAUCUCACAACACAUGAGGCUGAUGCUUUGGUGAAUGCAGCCAAUGAACAUCUAGACCAUGCAGGAGGUCUUGCUUAUGCCCUUUUGAAUGCUGGAGGGCCAGAAAUAAAAGAACAAAGCAAUCUUCAUAUUCAGAAAUAUGGAAGUCUCACAGCUGGCCAAAUAGCUGUGACAGGUGGAGGAAAGCUUCGUUGUAAGAAAAUUAUCCAUGCAGUUGGUCCAAGAUGGUCCUUCUAUGAAAAAGAAACAUGUUGUAACCUACUUGAAGAAGCCAUUGUGAAUGUUCUGAAGUACGUGAAUGCUCCAGAAAAUAAUAUCAAGUCUGUGGCUAUCCCAGCAGUGAGUUCAGGUGUUUUUGGCUUCCCACUCACUUUGUGUGCUCAAGUGAUUGUAAUGGCUAUAAAGGAAUUUGUUGAGAAGAGUCCACCAAGCUGUCUCAGGGAGAUCCGUCUGGUGAACAUUUGUGAGCCUACAGUUGCAGAAAUGAAAAAAGCCUGUGAAAAGUUGCUAGGUGAUAGCAGUUUGUUUCAGGAAAAUCUAUCAGCUCUGCAAAGCCAGCCUCCACAUUUCUUCGUAGCUGGAGGAACUCAUUUGAGUAUCGUAAGAGGACUUAUUGAAGAGCAGAAGACUACAGCUAUUGUUAAUUCUGUGUUCAUGGACGGCAGUUUUCACAAGGAUGUUUCAAAUGGAAUACUGCAAAAAGGAGGUCCAGCUCUUCAGGAUGAAUUUAGGUCUCGUUUUUUUAAACAUUCUUCAUCUUACAAGGAGCUCAUAAAAACAUGUGGGUAUAAUCUGCCCUGCAACUCAGUACUGCAUGUUGUAUGGCCGCAAUACUCCCACAAGCUGUUGCUACGCGAGGAACUAAAAGCUGCAGUGACAAGAUGUUUGGGUUACAUUUGGAAUCAGGAGUCUUCUUCAGUUUCUUUCCCCGCAAAGGGGAUUUGGUCGCUUUUGCUGCCCAUGGAUACAGUGGCAGAGGUCAUGAUUGCAGAGGUUCUUAAUUUUGCCAUGGAACACCCCGAGAAGAAGAUAGCUGUACAGUUUGUGCUCCACCCAGAUGACUAUGAUGCCUAUCAGAUUUUCCAGAGCAAACUUUCUUCAGCAGCAAGCAAACUGGAAAAAAAGCAAUAUUACAACAGAAGCGAUCAUUUGAGUACAGAGUCAGGCAGACAAAGCGUAAGAGAGAGUACAGACAAUAGAACAGCUAUUGAACUUAAGGGGAACACACUUGCAGCAUUGGAAGCAGCAAAACUGUGGAUCCAAAACAUAGCACAAGCUCAGGAAAAUCAUUGUGCUACUAUUGAAAACAACUACAUUUUUAACCUCGGUAAAAAAGAGUUUGCAGAACUAGCUCGAGAGCAGCAUUCUAGUGUACGUGUAUCAGAAGAAGUGAGAGAUGGAAAAGCAAGACUGGAAUUUCAUGGCCCCCCUGCUGCUGUCAUUGAUGCAGUGCUUGCAACUGAAAAAUUACUCCUUCGUAUGCAAGAGAAGACUUUGGCCAAACAGGAGGAACUGCUGUACUUUUUGGGCCAACCAGAAGCAGGUCAGCUUUCAGAAGGACACCUUGAUAGGACAAAGAAUACUAAACGCUUCCAGAUUUCACUGGUGGAAUCACACCGUCAAGAAUUUAAGGACAGACAAAAACAGUUUGAAAAAGCUGGGCUUCUUGUUCUCAAGGUAGAAAAAAUACAUAAUCCUCUUUUAUCUGCUGCAUUCCAACAAAUGAAAAAAAGAACAGAAGAAAAACAAGCUACCUCCAAAGUAAGCCACAAGUUGUACCAGCACGUUCCUGCUCAGUUCUGUGACUUGGUAUGCCAAACUGGGUUUCACAGAACAUACUCACCACCAACAGAACAAAAAUACGGAGCUGGCAUCUACUUUAAGAGGAACCCCAAAAGCCUAAUCGAGGCUAAAGACAAGCGGGAAACAGAUUCUAUAAUGUGUGUGUUUGAGGCGGAGGUAUUAACAGGCUCAUACACUAGAGGUAAACAGUCUUAUAUUAUGCCACCAGCAGUGGAGGGAGAUGCCAUUAAAGUAUGUGACAGUUUAGUAGAUGAUGUAAAUGAUCCUAACAUCUUUGUCAUUUUCAACAGUAUUCAGGCCCUUCCACAGUAUUUGUUGACUUGUUCCCAGACUGGGGUGGGAAGGUCUGGGCCCUCUGAGAAAAGCAGCAGCGCGUUGAGUCAUAAUCAAUCAGAACGAUGAUUGCUCUAGCUAUGCAGAGACCACCUCAAAAAAAAAAAAAAAAAAGUCUAGUACUUAGAUUCUAAGAGGAUGCUCUUAGAAUAACCUGCUUUAAUCAAAGUGCCUUAAGACAAAUCUGAAGCAACCAGAAGAACUAUACUUUGAUACCUUAAGGAGUUUAAAACAAACCAUGUUAAAACAAACUAUUCAUCUAUGAAUCAAAAUGGAGAGCAUCACAACAUAAUUUAGAGUUCAGAUGGUCAUUUAGUUUAUGUCUUAAAGUAUUCUUAGUGUGCAACUAUACACUUGAUGUUUCCAUAAACUGUCAUUCAUUUAUUACACUUUCUUAAUCUGAGGCAAUGCAUUCAUUAAUGAAACAAAGGAAUCAAAGGCACAACCUAGAUUUCUUAAGUUUUGUUUUGACUUGAAGAGGUGAACAUGUCAGGUGAAUACUGUUUUCCACCUAAGGCUAUGCUAUUAAAUUCACAUAGUUAUGAUAAGUGAGGCAAUACUUCAUGAUUUUUAAUAGUUGUUGCUAUUACAAUUUUUAUUACAAGUGAUUCCAAGUAUUGUAGAUACAUGUAUUCAAAAUAAAAAAGUAUGACAAUAUCAA